UUUUAGUCAUGAAUUCAUGAUCAGUUGUUACACGCUACAAAAUAUGUCUAAUUGUACCAAACAGUUUCUCUUGUUUUUUUCUUUUGUCAUACUUUUUCGACUUAUAAUAUCUUUGGGAGUAAAGCUUAACAAGACAUUCGUAAAACAAGAUCAAUUAUGGCACAAGGAGUACAGCUUCACCUUCAGGACAAUCGCCAUGUAAUCAUAUAUGUUCUUCUUACAUUUGACUAUGUGCCUGUUGACAGAGGCGGAACCAGUAUUUGAAACUUGCGAAUUUUGGAUUCUAAUCUUUUUAAGUAUAUGUUGGGUUCAAAAUUAAUAAUUAAUAGUUGCUUAAAAUUCUUCAGGUGGUGAUGGAUAAUGGCAUUCUCAAAGUGACUAUAUCAGUACCAGAUGGAAUUGUAACUGGAAUCAGAUACAAUGGCGUCGACAAUUUGCUCGAGGCUCGAAAUCCUGAAGAAAACAGAGGAUACUGGGACGUUGUCUCGAGCUCGACAGGAAGUACUUCAAAAUUUGAAAGGCUCAAAUGCACAACCUAUAAGGUCAUUUUGAAAACAAAGGAUCAAAUAGAGUUGUCGUUCUCAAGGAAAUGGGAUGUGUCGCUUCAGAACAAACUUAUUCCCCUGAACAUAGACAAAAGGUUUAUAAUGCUUAAAGGUUGCUCAGGAUUCUAUUCUUAUGCAACUUAUGAACAUUUAGAAGGAUGGCCUGAUUUCCACCUUGACGAGACUAGGAUUGCGUUCAAGCUCAGAAAAGACAAGUUUCAUUAUAUGGCCAUGGCAGAUAACUGGCGGAGAUAUAUGCCUUUACCUGAUGACAGGUUACCACCUAGAGGACAACAACUUGCUUAUCCAGAAGCAGUCCUACUUGUUGAUCCCAUCGAGCCUGAGUUCAAAGGCGAGGUCGAUGAUAAAUACCAGUACUCGUGUGAUAAUAAAGACAACAAGGUCCACGGCUGGAUAUCUAUGGACCCACCUGUGGGAUUCUGGCAAAUUACACCGAGUGAUGAAUUUCGAUCGGGUGGACCUGUCAAACAGAGCCUUACAUCCCAUGUCGGUCCAACUAAUCUAGCUACAUUUCUAAGCCCUCAUUACGCUGGAGCUGAUCUAAUACCAAAGUUUGCACAAGGUGAAGCCUGGAAGAAAGUGUUUGGCCCCGUGUUUUUAUAUGUUAAUUCUGUUAAGAAAGACGAAGAUCCUGUUGCUCUAUGGGAUGAUGCCAAGAUACAGAUGCACCAUGAAGUUCAAAGUUGGCCUUACAGUUUUCCAGCCUCAAAAGAUUUUCCGUCAGCAAAUCAAAGGGGCAGUGUUAGUGGUAUACUUUUGGUGCAAGACAAGUACACGAGUGAUGGUUGUAUACCUGCAAAUGGUGCAUAUGUUGGGCUUGCUCGACCAGGAGAAGUUGGUUCCUGGCAAAGAGAAUGCAAGGGCUACCAAUUUUGGGCUAAAUCAGACAACAAUGGAUACUUCUCUAUAAACAAUAUACGUUGGGGUGACUACAAUCUUUAUGCAUGGGUCCCUGGAUUCAUUGGGGACUAUGUAUAUGGGACUCCCAUUUCCAUAACUUCAGGUUGUAAAAUUAAUGUGCACGAAAUCGUAUAUCAGCCUCCAAGAGAUGGACCUACAUUAUGGGAAAUAGGCAUUCCUGAUCGUACUGCUGCAGAAUAUUUUGUUCCUGAACCCAACCCGAAAUUUAUCAACAACGUUUUCAUCAAUCAUCCUGACAGGUUUAGGCAAUAUGGAUUGUGGGAUAGGUACUCCGAGUUAUAUCCAACGGAUGACCUUGUGUAUGUAAUUGGUAAAAGUGACUAUAGAAAAGACUGGUUUUUUGCUCAGGUCACAAGGAGAAAAGAGGAUGGCACAUAUCAAGGAACGACAUGGCAAAUCAGAUUUAAACUUGAUUCAGUCCAUCAAGGAGGAACAUAUAAAUUGCGCAUUGCAAUUGCAACUGCAACUUUAGCUGAAGUGCAGGUUCGGGUGAAUAAUCCGAGCACAAACCGGCCUCUAUUUACAACAGGAUUGUUUGGAAGAGACAACUCAAUUGCUAGGCAUGGAAUUCAUGGAUUAUAUUGGCUGUACAAUAUAGACAUACAGGGAAAUCUGCUAGUGCAAGGGGACAACACCAUUUACUUAGGCCAACCAAGACAUCAAAGUCCUUUCCAAGGGAUUAUGUAUGACUAUAUUCGUCUCGAAGCUCCACCAAACUAAGCAAAUAAUAGCAUAAUUCUAACACUCUAUUUAGCUGUACGUAUAUUGUAUUAUAUUAUUUUGAAUAAAUAUAAUGUUUGAACAGAUUGUAUCGUGUUGAAAUCAACUCUCACAAUAUUGAGGAUGUAAUUAAUUACAUGUCACACCACAACCAAUGACAUGUAUUGUUUGUUUUGGCCUAACAAACCUUAUAAAUUUGUCUUUUAAGCUACGUUAUCAUUGAGUUCAAAAAUACAUGUAACGUGUAAAAUUGUAUUAUAUUUUGGAAAGUUCUCCUACAAUCAUGUUGAUGGGAAUAAAUCCGUAACAGAAAUAAUAUUUGCGGUAAUAAAGGCAAUAAAUGUGGAACACAACAAUACGGUUAAUCAACGAGAAUAAAAGAAAAAUAAUGACACCAAGAUUUUACGUGGAAACCCUCCUAAAUAAGGGAAAAACCACAACCAGAGAGGAGCAACGAAUAUCACUAUAGUAAGGAUUUUACACUUGUAUGUCUGAGCAAAACUCCAAAGAUCACUACACAUUUAAAAGAAAUAACACUCUUUUGAUUUUUUAACCUCACUACAAUAUCGCUCACACUCUCUAUUUUUCCUCACAGAUUAUUUUCCUCUGUGAUGCCUCA